AUAGAAACCUUCGAGAUGGCUGGGAAUAAACAAAACGACGAAGUACCAAGGAAGCAGCAUACGCGGGAAGGCCCCGAGAAGGAGAAGCGGGUACUCAGAGUAUCCCCGAGGAGGAAACUCUCUCCGACAAAGCCGCCGGAGGAAUUGGGCAGUACAAGUGUUGCUCCGACUGAAGAUCUUAUAGUUGAAGAGUUACCACCAAGACUCUUUGCUAUAGACCAGUACCCUUCGAAGACGAAGAUGAACGCGUACUCCAAACCGGAGUACAUUUCUGACAUAGCGCAAGUUCUUAAGGGAAAACCUGAGAUGCAGAUGCUUCUCGUCUCUCCAUUUGGGUACCUUUUUGGAAUACCUGCUAACAAGUCUUCCUUCUCAGGUAAGCUUGUGCUUGGAUUAAUAUGCUUUCAGUUAGUGACAAAUAAAGUGAAUGAGAUGUGGAUGGUUUUCGGUGGUCAUCCAAUCAAAUUUGGACUAAGAGAAUUUAGUAUGGUAACUGGGCUGGAAUGUGGGGUGUAUCCCAAGAAGAAAGACGUGGAGGCUGUGCUAAAGGUUAAACCUGGGUGUAAAAAAGUCUGGGAUGCUCUGUUUGUGGAGAAGUUUGGGGAGGAUGCGAUUCCAUUAGUGCAAGAUUUGGUGGCCUGGCUGAAGGAGGAUACCACCAUGGAUGGGUGGAAGCAACUGGCUCUAUCACUUAUAAUCCUGGUAGAUGGUGUGAUAGCGUGCGGUAAAAACCCAAUCAGGCCUCAAGAUACGACUGUUGAGAUGACGAAGAACGUGAAGUUCUUCUUGAAAUACCCAUGGGGAAGGCUGUCUUUUACCCGUACUUUGGAGAGGAUAGCAAACUUCCAAACCCCUUCAGAAGCUCAAAAACUUAUAAGGUGUGUAAAGGAUGGGUCUUAUGCACUACAUGGAUUCCCAUUAGGACUCCAGCUGUUUGCGUUCGAAACAAUCCCAUCCCUUGCUAAGCUAGUACCUGAUGAUGAAGCUAACAAGACAUUUACUCAGAGGUCUAUCCAUCAUCUUGCCUCACUGCGGGCAAUCAGGACAUCCAGCAUCUUGGAGUGUGAGGCUGCUGAAGAGGUAUGUACAAUUGUUUAUGUACGUACAUUAUUUAAAAAGUAAGUGUACAUUCUCUAAGUGGUUAACAAACUUAUUGGUGUAGGUUGAGGUAACCUAUCUUGUGAAACCAGAGGAAAAUAUUUGUCCUCC